AUGCAGUUAGCAACGGAACCUUGUCGACCUAACGAAGAGGACCCAUGGAGUUGUAUGGAAAGCAUACAGUUAGCCCCGGACCCAUGUCCACUGAACGACCCCGAUCCAUGGAGUUGUAUGGAACACAUACAGUUAGCAACGUACACUUCUCCACCUAAUGCAGAUGACCCCGAUCCAUGGAGUUGUAUGGAAACCAUACAGUUCGCCACGGACCCGUUUCCACCUAACGCAGAGGACCGAUGGAAUUGUAUAGAACCCAUGCAGUUAGCAACGGACCCUUCUGCAUCUAACGCCGAUGACCCCGAUCCAUGGAAUUGUAUGGAAACCAUACAGUUAGAACAAGCAGGGACUCAUUCGCCCCCUCCAUUCUCUUCCGACCCCGGGAAUGACAUGCCGGCAUUAGACCGCACUAAGUGGAUCCCUUGGAUUGACCGCAACAAACAUAUUCUGCGGGCGUGCACGACGCAGCCGUGGUUUCUGCAAUUAACAGCAGAUUGGAAACAAUACCUGCGUGAGCACAUUGCGGCAAACGACGCAUCCGGUGAGCACAGGAAAGCCGCAACCAUGCACAGGAAGAAAUUAGACUUGUGGAAACAAUGGGUCGCGCAACAACAUCGGCACAUGAGUAUGUAUGGCCAGGAGGCGUGGUUUCAACAUUUGUUGAAUAGUGUACAGCAGGAGACAGUACCGCAAACAGGCGAAGUACCUGGAGUCGAAAAACAAUUAGAAGUGGAAAAAGUAAUGGGAACAGCAGACACACUAAGAGUGACACAUGCACCGCGGUCGCAACUGCAUCAUGCACCGCAUAUGACAAAACCGGUAACCGCUAAAAUAUGGAUACUGCUGCUCGCGUUCGUAAUCGAACAAUGCGAGCUCGAACGCAGUUUGCAGGAGAAGGAGUUAUAUGUGGAUGACCUAUUGGAGAAGCUCUGA